UCCGAUCCGGGGGCAAACCCCUGCAACAGUUUCCAGCUCCUCUUCUUUGCUCCAGCUGCCUGGAAUUGAUGGGGGUGCAGGAAGUGGCAGAAAUGAACCUCUUGCUUUUUGGAAAGAACUGACGCCUUUCUGGCUCCCCCCAAAGCCCGCUUCUCCCGGGGGGAGACGCCAGAAGGAAAAGAAGCCCUGGAGAAAAAUCUUGGGAGCGUCUGAUGGCCCAAAGGUACGAUGAGUUGGUACAUUACGCCGGAAUGGACGGAGUCUCUCUGCCGGCCUUCGGAGACCCACAUUCGGGCAGGGGUCUGCAACAUCACGCUUUAAACCAGGGGGCCCCUUAUGGAUCGGCGGGAGUUAACCACCGGCCUGGGAUGCCUCCAGGACUGGGCUCCAACGACGCCUUGAAGCGAGAGAAAGAUGAAAUUUAUGGGCACCCCUUGUUCCCACUGCUCGCCCUGGUCUUUGAAAAAUGUGAGCUGGCUACAUGUUCUCCCAGAGACACUUCUGGUUCGUAUCCUGGAGGAGAUGUCUGCUCAUCGGAUUCCUUCAAUGAAGACAUUGCUGUCUUUGCCAAACAG